UCACACCUUCUCACUCCCUCCCGCCCCCAUAUAUAUAUAUAUAUAUAUAUGUAUAUACGUACUCAUGUUACAUUCCAUUACCUCCCACAUUGUCGGCCUCACAGACUGGGACUCAGACAUCCUCUCCCUCCGCCGCCACCCGCCACCGCACACCGUCCGCCGGAGGAGGCCUUGCAAUGGGGGAGGCUACGGAGAACGGGUCAGGUCAGCAGAAGUGGAGGUUCCGGGGCAACAAGGACCUCACCACCGCUUCGGCCAUCACCGUCCGGGGCGUCCUCAACAUGCUGAAGGACAACCUCAGCAAGGACGACCCCAGGACCGUCAUCCCGCUCGGCCACGGCGACCCCUCCGCCUUCCCCUGCUUCCGCACCACCUCCACGGCCGAAGAUGCCAUCGUCGACUCCGUCCGGUCCGCCAAGUUCAACGGCUACUCCUCCACCGUCGGUAUUCUCCCCGCCCGGAGGGCAAUCGCGGAGUCUCUCUCCAAGGAUCUACCCUAUGCAUUAUCUCCCGACGAUGUAUUUUUAACAGUUGGAUGCACUCAAUCGAUGGAAGUCGUAAUAUCGGUCCUUGCCCGCCCUGGUGCCAAUAUUCUACUUCCAAGACCUGGUUUCCCAUAUUAUGAGGCACGCGCUUCUUUUAGCAAACUCGAGGUGCGCCACUUUGAUCUUCUACCGGACAAUGGCUGGGAGGUUGACCUGGCGGGAGUCGAGAAGCUUGCAGAUGAGAAUACCGCUGCAAUGGUCAUCAUAAACCCCGGCAAUCCUUGUGGGAAUGUCUUUAGCUACCAGCAUCUAGAGAAGAUUGCUGAGAUGGCGAAAAAGCUCGGGAUUAUGGUGAUUGCUGAUGAGGUCUACGACCAUCUUGCUUUUGGGAGUAAACCGUUUGUUCCCAUGGGAGUUUUUGGAUCCAUAGCUCCAGUCUUGACUCUUGGGUCGAUAUCAAAGAGGUGGAUUGUUCCGGGGUGGCGACUCGGUUGGAUAGUCACUACCGAUCCGAAUGGCAUCCUUAACAGAUCUGGGGUUGUUGAGUCCAUCAAAGGAUUUUUAAAUAUCUCCGCCGAUCCCGCAACCUUCAUACAGGGAGCAAUACCUCACAUAUUUGAGAAGACGACAGAUGAUUUCUUCUCGAGAAUUAUCAGCAUACUCAAGCAUACUGCCGACAUCUGUUACGAGAUGAUCAAAGAGAUCCCUUGCAUCACUUGUCCAAGCAAGCCCGAAGGGUCAAUGUUCGUCAUGGUGAAGUUGAACCUAUUGAUGCUCAACGGCAUAAAAGACGAUGUGGACUUUUGCUUGAAGCUAGCAAAGGAGGAAUCAGUCAUUGUUCUGCCAGGGACAGCAGUUGGAUUGAAGAAUUGGCUGCGAGUGACUUUCGCCAUCGAGCCUUCUUCACUCGAAGAAGGGCUGAGGAGGAUCAAGGCAUUUUAUGAAAGGCAUGCCAGCAAGCAAUAACUUAGAUCUUCAGCAGGAGACUGAGGCAGGUAAUGGAGCUGCAGAGAACAGCAACCGCUAGUAAUUGGAUCCCGAUCUCUCUCUUGCUCUCAUGAUAUAAAAUCUUCUAGCAAUGUUUUACAUGUCAUGGGCACUAAAAUAAGUGAUUGGCAUCCUCUUUAGCAGCAAAACAAUUUGAGGAAGCUGUAGGGGCAACAGAGAUCAUCAACACCUUGUUGAAUCUCAUAUGUUAUGUUGGGUAUACGUAUCUAUUCUUCUGUUUCCUUCAUUGGACAUUCAAUGGUGAAAUUGCAGACAUCUUCGAUGUCUAAUGACUUAUAUUGAUGUUGGGAGGGACCGGGGGGCUGGAGAUCGCGCCUGGUCUCUUGUCAAAA